GAACCUCACAGAUGGGACAGAAGAGUGAUCGCUUAUGGAAAGACGACAGAUUAUGAGCACCGCGGUGGCUGCCGUUAUGCAGGAGGCGUGUUCGUGUGCUCUCUCGCUCAAUGUGUCCCACUUCGCCCGACAGGAGAUUUGCUUGCAUGGACUCAUGAGUUCUUCCACACCGUAUCAUCUGCUUAACGGAGGUUUUGACAGCAAAGGGGUUGAAAAACUGAUCAACUGCGAGACGGCAACCACAGGUUGCCGGUACUGACAGCAAUUUGUGGUAAGUGCGCAAACACGCAAGCGUCUCCCAUCCCGCCGGCUGUCUCACCAACGGGAUGACAAUCCCAACAUACGCAGACGGUUCAAGAUGCCAUGGCCCGCAGCGAGGCACUGUGCUGUCGAGAAGGCGGAGCAGUGAAAUUCGUCGCGAGCAAAAACAGCACACUGUCCUCCACACGUUCGUUCCGUCGGGUGACACCGCUUACUUUAAAAGUUGUGGCUGUAUUUUCAAUACCCCUCGACUAGGACAUCCGCACAAUUGGCUCGUCACUUGUCUCGUUUUCAGGUUCCUUUGCUACCUUGUCGUUGCUUUUUCGGCUAAGAUGAUUACUGACAAGAAUUUGUCCGUUGUGACCCCACCUGAGCUCGUAACCGACGACCCGGGCGACAUGCCUGACUGCAAGAUCUCUCCGAGGUGCCAGUCAGAAGCUAGCGAGGUGGCGGACCCGGAGGAGGUCGAUGCUUUUGUGAAGCAGAUCGAGACUGCGAAUAGGUUUCAGCCGGAGUUCCUCCAGGCCUUUCAUGAGGUGUUUGACUCUGUGAGGCCCGUUCUGUGCUCAAACCCAAAGUACCUCAGAGCGUUCAAGGUCAUAGUCGAGCCGGAAAGAUGCAUCACUUUUCGUGUGCCUUGGGUUGAUGACCAAGGGAAACAGCACGUAUCGCGGGGUUAUCGGGUACAAUACAGCUCCGCGGCUGGGCCGUAUAAGGGCGGUCUUCGCUUUCACCCAUCGGUAACUUUGUCGGUGAUGAAGUUUCUCGGCUUCGAGCAGAUUUUCAAGAACAGUUUGACUGGCUUGUCGAUCGGAGGUGCCAAAGGGGGUUCAGACUUCGACCCGAAAGGCCGGAGCGACAACGAGGUCAUGCGAUUCUGCCAGGCUUUCAUGACCGAGUUAAGCAGGUACAUCGGUCCUAACCGCGAUGUGCCUGCGGGUGACAUCGGAGUUGGCGCAAGAGAGAUCGGCUACCUCUUCGGGCAGUACAAACUGCUAAAAGCAGGACAGUUUGAGGGUGCCCUAACAGGGAAAGAUAAAAACUGGGGAGGCUCCGCUAUGCGGCCUGAAGCAACCGGCUACGGUUGCGUAUACUUUGUCCUCGAGCUGCUGAAGGCGCAAAACAAAGAAGGCAUCAAGGGCAUGCGCUGUGCCAUCAGCGGCAGCGGAAAUGUGGCUCUUUACGCAGGGGAGAAGCUGGCGACUCUCGGGGCAAAAGUGAUGACAUUCAGCGACAGUUCGGGCUACAUCGUAAAUGAAAAAGGGUUUCCUUUGGGACAGAUCCAGCGACUGAAAGAAAUGAAGGAAACAAGGUCGAGCACACGCGUUUCUGAAUUCGCUGCGAAGUACUCGACAGUCAAGUUUGUCCCCGACAAACGGGCGUGGGAGGUACCCUGCGACAUCGCAUUCCCCUGCGCCACGCAGAACGAAAUUUCUGAGGAAGAUGCCCAACUGUUGAUAGACAACGGCUGUCGGAUCGUCGCAGAGGGCGCGAACAUGCCAACGACGAGGGAUGCGAUCCGGUUAUUCAAACAGCACGGUGUGAUCCUUUGCCCUGGAAAAGCGGCCAAUGCAGGGGGUGUAGCUGUGAGUGGACUGGAGAUGAGCCAGAAUGCUAUGCGUAUCGAGUGGACGAGAGAAGUGGUGGACGAGAAGCUUCGGCAAAUCAUGGCAUCAAUUUUUAGCAAGUGUCGCAGUUACGCAGCAAAAUUCGGGGAGAAUGAAUUCGAUUUAGUAACUGGAGCGAAUGUCGCAGGCUUUGUUAAGGUGGCAGACUGCGUGAUCGAUCAGGGAUACAUUUGAAGAACUUUGAGCUUUGUUUGUCGGCACACUGGACUUCCAUUUUUCACGGCGGGGGUGUCUUUGCAGAGCUGUGCGCUUCCCUCUUUGUUUGCUGGCCACCAAAGGUGUAGUUCAGUAAAAUUCUCUGAUACUUUCGUAUUUUUGCCAACCGAAUUUGUGACUACUCAAUGGAAUGCAAUUGCAUUCCAACGCUCCGGAAGCCCAGUCUACAGGGAGUGUGACCUCAGCUGUGACAACACUCUAGCUGCGUUUGUUCCGACCGACGUCUUGGUAACAUAUUUCUUCUUUUUUCCUCGAGCACUCUAACUUGGAUCAAGCCUGACAGUUCUGCUCCAACAUUUUCGAGGAUGCAAUGCAAACAUCUUUUUGUGUGGGUACUGAAGAUCUGGGCCUCACUUGCCGCGAAGGAGUUCGCUACCGACUGACCGACUAUCAGGGGGCUAGCUACAAGUGCUGGAUUUCGAUAUUCGACGAUGUCGAGGUUAUUCCACAUCGUUUAUGUUCCAGGCGGAAUACGUGGAUUAUUAUCACUCGUAUCAACAGUGGCUGCCAUUGCGAGGAAACGCGUGAGGAACAGACCAUCUAUUAGAGGAUUUGUCUCUUGUUCCUGGCCUGUGCCCCAUGCUUGCGAGGAUGCGAGUAACAACGCACACAUUUGUUUUGUGGCCCAGGAGGAAUUCUUCGGUGACCAAAAGACACUUAAGUUUCACGUCUUUGCACCACCGUCGCCGGCACCUUUUUUAAACAGAGGAGCCGUCGUAACCGCAGACCGAAACGCGGACCUACCAUUUGGCACACCUUCAUUCGGUCCUUUUCUCGAGCUGACACGGGAGAGACUCAAUUAUGCCAUCGAAUGAUGUUAACUAGUUUCUGAUGCACUGAACUCGACUCGUUGUUUCUCACUAAACAAAGGGAUUUUUAG